CGGGGCGGGGCGGGGAGACCGAGAUCAGCCUGGCUAGAGGCAGGUUUGUUUUUGGAUUCGUGUAAUGAAAAGACGCGAAAUUCUUGCUUGACGAGUUUGAUGCAAGAUUUUGUCAUCGGAACCAAGGUGGCUUGAGCCACCAUGGUGGAGCCACAUGUAUUAGCUCGUGCAGAGGAGCUUUCACUACAGAUCGACCAUCUACAUGUCAACUAUCUCCAAGCAGAUGAAAGUCCGCACAAAAUUGAGCAGAGAACAAAACUGGAAAAUUUCAUCAGGAAGUAUCUAUGUUUGGUUGCACAUGGGCGCAAGUUCAUAUUUCAUGAGACUGCCGAAAUCCUACGAUGCAGUGUAGAAAUGAAGAACAAUUUCAGUGCCUACAGAGCCUCCACUGCUUGGAAUGCAAUAGCUAGGUAUGCAGCAAAUUUAGUUGCUCAACCUUGGAGGAAGGAAUUCAGAGUUGUUAAGACAUUUUCAGGGUUUUACAUGCAUGAUAUUGAGGAAAAUCUUGUUGGUGCUGACCGCUUGCUUGAUUGCAUGGGGUACAAGAGAGCAGAUCACUCAUCCUUGGUUCUUGAACUGCCCAUUGAUUUGGAUGCUGUAAUUAGUGUUUCAAGAGACGCUAUCGUUGCAUUUGUUGAAUGCCAGAUGAUGAAGGAAAUUUGGGAAGGUGUUUAUCCUCAAUUUGAAUGCAGUUGGCUGGAAAUCAUGAAUUUCCGAGAGUGUCACAUAGGAUCCCCAGAAAUGGCCAUUAAAAACUUGACAGUUUUUUACCAUCAAAGUUGUUUCCAUCAACAGCAGAUGUUAGCUUCAGGAAUUUCUCAUGAUCCUUAUGCUUCUACUCCUCGGUUUCAUCAAGCACCUCAAUCAAGUUGUUUGUACGGCCAGACUUUAUCUCCUCAAAUGAGUGUGCCUUAUUAUGGGUAUUCAUCAUAUGGAUCUUGCCCUGUGCCCCCACAGUCAAGAUAUGCUUGUGUUGUUAACCCACAGCAGAUGAUGAGUUAUCCACUUUCACCAGGAAGUUAUCACAAUGUCAAAUCUCCUGUGCAACUUUUGCCAUCUAACGGAUACCAUUACUCUCAUCCUCAUCCAAUGUUACCUGUACCGACUGGCCACAAUGGUUAUACUAUACCCCAGCCUGCUGCUGCCAUGCAGCAAAAUUACAACUGUGUAGUCCCUACUGGGCAGCUAAUUGAAUUAGAUAGUAGCUCUUCUGCUCCAUCAUCUCGACCACCACGUAUGUCUGUGGAAGAUAUAAAAAUGACAGAAACAAGGAAUGGAAAUGGUGCUGCCCCAGGAGAUCGAGUUAACCACGCGGCCAACCUUUACUCGGAUGUAAGCCCCUCGAAACGGGAAUCCCCCACCUCAGCCCGAUCUGAAGGGAAAUCGAUGAGACCUAAUACAUUAGAUGAUUUGAAGCCAAGAAGAAAUGGUAUGCACCUUGACCAUGUGGGUUCUUCAACUGCCGAUGAUAGCUACUCUCAUUUAGACAAGAAUGUUGUUGGCAAGCAAAUGCAAAGACUCGGUGCAAGGAAAUCUGGGUCACAUGCUGCACCUAUGCAAGAUGGGACUGGUACUUGGGAGAGCUGGGAUUACGUUUAUCGCAAUCUCGAAAGCCAAGGAUAUAAUAAAGAUGUUGGAGAGCGUGGAGAUAUUCUUCAUAGUUCAACAUUUCCUCGAAGGGGUAGCAUUGGGAGUGCUGGCAGUUCCCCAAAUGUUAAUAAUACUAUUGCUCGCAAUAGUCGCAAUGUACGAGAAGCUGAAGUUUCAGCAGCCAUGAAUAAACCGUCUCAACUCAGUGAUGGGAUUCAGUCAAUGCGGUUAAAUUGUGACGACUCCAUUAAUGGAAGAGGAGUAGAUGCUGUUGAUUCAAGGGUUGGGAUUCGAGACCUAAAGACAAGUCACAUAAAAGAGAAAACUGGGACCAAGAGCUCAAGUGCACCGAUCAAACCUGUUACAAGAGAUGAAAGAAGAGACAUUGAUGCUUCAUCUUUGUUGUCGAAGAAAAGCAGAGACCCGAAUGCUCAAGAUGGUUCUAAGAAUAUCUGGGAGUGUGUUUAUUGUACAUACCAUAACAAAGCUGAAAGAUUUGUCUGUGACAUGUGUGGAAAAUCGCACAAGCCCGGUAAUGAAGAUAAACCUCUUAUAAGUGGGGGCCGAGAAUGUCCCAAGUGUACUUUAGUCAAUGCGCGGGGUGUCGUAUCUUGUGCAGCUUGUGGUGAAAGCUUGAAGAACUCUCCUACCUACAUCUAAACAGUUAAAUACUCACCUCUCUUUACUAUGAGAUUGUCUUGCCUGUUGAUGUGUGUUUUCUUUUCUCAUUCUAUUUAACUUGUGAAAAUGGGAGAGCUUGAAAGCAAGGGUUAAAGUCGAGCUUAUAUUCUCUCAAGCUAAACUUCAUGAAUGGUGUGCGCACCAAAUGCUUCUCUUUAACAUGACUGUCACUUCUGAGUGUGUUUUUACUGUAGGGUUUGUGUUGAAUGAAUGCAGAAAAUUACCUUUAGUGUUUGUUAUACAUCAUACUGAAAAUAAGAGCUUCAAAUUAUGGUAGUCUAUACUAACAAGCUUUUUCUGCACUUGAAUGUUAAGUUUGGGAAACUUUGAUAUCAGCUGUGAACAUAUGAUAUGGUACUUUUGCAUGUACAUAAGAUAUUUUGUAAUUACAUAUAUAGCUUUGUUAAAAUCACUCCAUUUUUUUUCUCCAUUUUAGAAAUUUUAUCAUUAUCAUACAGUUUAUUUUUUAAAAAUCAAUCCAUGGAAGAUUUUCUGUAGUUCAUGGCAUUAUAUAUCCUAUAUCCAGACAUGGUAUUUUUGUUAGGUUUUUAAUAGUCUUCUCUGUAUAUAUGUAAUCUAAGGAUUGUUAGGAAAGAUUGAUGUGAUAUGUAUUUAUUCAAAUUCAGAGAUUAUUGUUAUAUCCAUCAGGAACUCUAUGUUGGGUACACCUUCUUUUUGCUCAAGUACAUAAUGUCUAUGAUUGAAUUGCCCAUGUUCCUGAAUAGCAUCACAUCUUCUGUGCAGCUUUGAUUGAAGUGCAGUUGAUUGGCCAGCACUGUGUAUUCAGUCAUUUUGUGGGCCUAAUAAUCAUAAGUUUACCGUUUUGCUGGAAAGUUAUUUUUGAAUGUUAUCUCAGCAACCCACACAGAUGGAAGAAAGUUUCCCAUUAAAUCUUGAAAGGGAUGGAUUUUAUAAUAAUUUCCUGGCACAGUUUAAGAAAAAAGAUUUACUUGGGACAUGUUUCAUGUCACCUUCAUCUCUCAUCAGUCCCCUAUCACACUGGUAACUUUGUUCGCAGUUGGUGCAAAUGUUUUAAGCAGGUGUCUUGUGUCUUUGUUGCUUUGUCACCCAGUGUAAACUUAAUUUUUAAUGCUUUGACAAAAUGUUACUCAAUUUAAAUAACCGUUAACAGUAAUCAUUGCUUUUAGCUGGUAUAACAUUGUUAUACCUGGUUAUACCUAUCAACUAUCACAAGAGAUAUACAUUCACAUUUUCCCUCACGGUCACCUCAGUUGAUUUGUUUUGUCUCUUUUGUGUGGUUUGUGGAAAACAUGGUACAUUUAUUUAUUUUGAAUCUUUGUCUUCCCUUGAUUUAAUGUUUAAUCCCUUACUGCAUUGGUUUUGUAGUUUCACAAGACUUGUCAUACCUAACUUGUUUUAUUGUGCUCUAUUCAUGGGAUUCUUAAUUAAGUAGAGGCCUCAAAUACCAAUAUUCAAUUAAGAUUAUCUGUUUCACCAAAUGAGCUGUUAAAUAAAUAUAGGAAAAUGAUACCUGUCUCUAGGAUAUGCAAGAAAUACUGUACCACUUUGUAUUUGACAUAAGAGCUUGACAGCUUAGGAGACCCACUAUAUUUCAAGAGUUGCCUUUACAGUGUGUGUACAAGUCACUUUCAUUUCAUUAGGCAUGCACAAAUUUACAAAGUGGCUGUCGUGUUUUCGUUUUUUUAAAUUUAUAUGACCAGUGAAUUUUCUGUUUUAUGGUACUACCAAUUGCUUUACUAUCGACUUGACUAAAACAUUAACUUGUUAAGAUUUUUGAUCCCUGUGUGAAUUUAUUGUACCAUAGGUCUAAAGCUGUGAUAUUGGAUUUUGUGUAAGUACUGUAAUAGUUUUGAGGAACAAAGAAAUUUUAGAAGCCAAAUAAGUGAGUUCUAUCUAUGGAUUCACAGGGUCUAGUGGAAAAAUCUUAUUGCUCUCCAAACAGUUUGAAAUGUCAUUCAUUACCUUGAUGAAAACUAUGCUUCUUACUGUCUUACUUCUGUUCAUUCAGGGGUCAGUUCUAGUAUUUUUGAAAUGCUUUUCUCACCUGAAUUGUCGUUGGGCCUCUUAUGCAACAUCAUUUUUCCAUUAAUUAUUAACUGUUUGGUCAUUCAUAAUGUGUGCAUCCUGCUUAGCUUGCAUGUGACCAUUACCUACAUGUCCUGUGGGGAGAUGAAUUUUUCCACAACCAUGGCAUGGUUUGUAAUGCAUUGUGAACUUCAGUACAUUUUCUUUCAAAUCCCUUCUCCUCGCCAUUUAAUGACAUAAAACUGUGAAGGUGUUGCAUAUAUCUUAUAUUUUUAAAUCUGCAAGUAUGCAAACACCAGGAAUCUAUUUGUAUAGAAAAGAUCUGUAAUAUUUCUUGGUAUAAUUCUCAUUCCUCUUAAAAAUUCUAUUACUGUGUUGAAACUUAAAUAAAUUUAUGAAGUUUUGUUGCUGGAAACUUAA